AUGGGAAUCUCCUCUGCGUGCAGUCGCUGGACGCAGCUGAGAUGGCUGACGGGGAGGAUCCGAGCCCAGCACAGCGCGGCUCCCACCCUGGGGACGCCUCAGCAGAGGAACCCCCCAGCUGCGCCCACAGAUGCGGUUCCCAGGCCGUGGGGUGGGAGAGGGCUCCACGUAGCCUCCGCCAGCUCCCGGGAGGUGAUGCUGACCAGCGAACGUUACGGGGUGCAGCGGCUGCCCUUCUCCCGUGUGUCCGACACCGAUGUGGCUUUUUUUGAGCGCGUAAUGCCAGGGAGAGUUGUCACAAAUCCAGAGGAACUGAAACCAUUUAAUGUGGACUGGCUUAAAUCAGUCCGAGGCUGUAGCAAGCUGAUGUUGAAGCCACAGACGACAGCGGAGGUGUCGCAGGUUCUCAGGUACUGCUAUGAGAGGAACCUGGCAGUGAACCCGCAGGGCGGUAACACAGGCCUUGUUGGGGGCAGCGUUCCUGUCUUUGAUGAGAUCAUUCUCUCCACUGUUCUCAUGGACCAAAUCAUCAGCUUUGACAAGGUGUCUGGAAUCCUUGUGUGCCAAGCUGGCUGCAUCUUAGAGAAACUCAACGAGUACGUGGAGGAGCGGGGCUUUGUCAUGCCACUUGACUUGGGAGCCAAAGGCAGCUGUCACAUCGGCGGCAAUGUGGCCACAAAUGCUGGAGGCUUACGGCUCUUGAGAUACGGCUCUCUCCGAGGGAUGGUGCUGGGACUGGAAGUGGUGCUGGCUGAUGGCUCAGCUCUGGACUGCUUGGCGUCUCUGCGCAAAGAUAACACCGGCUAUGAUUUGAAGCAGCUUUUCAUUGGCUCUGAGGGGACGUUGGGAGUUGUCACUGCUGUUUCCAUCCUGUGUCCUCAGAAACCGAAGGCUGUGAAUCUGGCAUUCCUAGGAUGUCAGAGUUUUGCUAAGGUUCUGGAAACAUUUACAACCUGCAGAGCCAUGCUGGGAGAGAUCCUGUCUGCCUAUGAGUUCAUGGAUGAGAAGUGCAUGGAAUUGGUUGAGAGACAUCUCAAGCUGUCCAGCCCGGUGACAGGCAGCCCUUUUUAUGUUUUAAUUGAAACUUCGGGCUCCAACUCGACCCAUGAUGAAGAAAAAUUGAACAACUUCCUAGAAAAGGCCAUGACUUCUGGUUUAGUCACUGAUGGAACUGUCGCAACAGAUGAUAAGAAAAUAAAGACACUGUGGAGCCUGCGGGAGAGGAUCACAGAGGCCCUCACUCACGAUGGCUGUGUCUACAAAUACGACAUCUCACUCCCUGUGACAAAGCUGUAUGAUCUUGUGACUGACACAAGGGCUCGGCUGGGCCAAAGCGCCAAAAAUGUGGUGGGCUACGGCCACUUGGGAGACGGAAACUUGCACUUGAACAUCACAGCAGAGGCCUAUAGCCCUUCCCUGCUGGACGCCAUCGAGCCGUUUGUGUACGAGUGGACUGCAAGAUACAAUGGCAGUAUCAGUGCAGAGCACGGACUGGGCUUCAAGAAAAAGCAGUUCAUCCAGUACAGCAAACCCAGCAAGGCCGUCUGUCUAAUGCAGCGUUUCAAAGCCAUGUUAGACCCCAAGGGGAUCCUCAAUCCGUACAAGACGCUGCCCUCCAGCCCCUGA